AUGGCAGCCCCUCGGCCCGCCCGCGGCCAGUCGUCGCGCUUGACGGUAACCGCAAAGCACCCCACGGCCCUAGACAAAGAAAGCACGCAGCUUCGAGUGGCUGUUCUAACUCUAUGUUGUGUGACUGUCCCCCAACCAGAGAAAACACGAACAAUCCGACUUCACUUGGAGUCUUUCUACCCCAGGAGAUCAGGCAGUGACAGAUUUCUGAGGAGGAAGCGUGGCCUCCCAAGUGUUUUCCUCCGCAAAAGUCCCUUCAAAUGCUCAGUUUAUGAACCUCUUAAAAGCAUUCAUCUACCAAAACCUGAUAAUGAAACGCUGUGGGAUAAAUUGGAUCAUUAUUACAGAAUUAUGAAAUCAACAUUGUUGCUGUAUCAAAGUCCAACCACUGGUCUCUUUCCGACUAAAACAUGUGGUGGUGAUCAGAAGGCCAAGAUCCAGGACAGUCUGUACUGUGCUGCUGGGGCCUGGGCAUUGGCACUAGCAUACAGGCGCAUUGAUGAUGACAAGGGAAGGACCCAUGAGCUGGAACACUCGGCUAUAAAGUGUAUGAGAGGAAUUCUGUACUGCUAUAUGCGUCAGGCUGAUAAGGUCCAGCAGUUUAAACAGGAUCCACGCCCAACAACAUGUCUUCAUUCUGUUUUCAAUGUGCAUACUGGUGAUGAGUUGCUCUCUUAUGAGGAAUAUGGACAUCUUCAGAUAAAUGCAGUGUCACUCUAUCUCCUUUAUCUUGUGGAAAUGAUUUCUUCAGGACUCCAGAUUAUCUAUAACACUGAUGAGGUCACUUUUAUUCAAAACCUUGUGUUUUGUGUAGAAAGAGUUUACCGUGUACCUGACUUUGGUGUCUGGGAAAGAGGAAGCAAAUAUAAUAAUGGCAGCACAGAGCUACAUUCCAGCUCUGUUGGCUUAGCAAAAGCAGCUCUAGAGGCAAUUAAUGGAUUUAACCUUUUUGGCAACCAGGGCUGUUCGUGGUCAGUUAUAUUUGUGGAUCUUGAUGCUCAUAAUCGCAACCGACAGACUUUGUGCUCACUGUUACCUCGAGAAUCAAGAUCUCACAACACCGAUGCUGCCUUGCUCCCUUGCAUCAGUUAUCCUGCAUUUGCCCUGGAUGAUGAAGUGCUGUUCAGCCAGACACUUGACAAAGUGGUGAGAAAAUUAAAAGGAAAAUAUGGAUUUAAGCGUUUCUUGAGGGAUGGAUAUCGAACAUCACUGGAAGAUUCCAACAGACGCUACUACAAACCAGCUGAAAUUAAGCUAUUUGAUGGCAUUGAAUGUGAAUUUCCCAUAUUUUUUCUUUACAUGAUGAUUGAUGGAGUUUUUCGAGACAACCCCAAACAAGUCAAGGAGUAUCAGGAUCUUUUGAUGCCAGUGCUUCAUCAGACUACAGAAGGAUAUCCUGUUGUACCAAAGUACUAUUAUGUGCCUGCUGACUUUGUAGAAAGUGAGAAAAGAAACCCUGGUAGUCAAAAGCGAUUUCCUAGUAACUGUGGCCGUGAUGGAAAACUGUUUCUUUGGGGACAAGCCCUUUACAUCAUUGCAAAACUCCUGGCGGACAAAUUAAUCAGUCCUAAAGACAUUGAUCCUGUUCAGCGCUAUGUCCCACUACAGAAUCAACGUAAUGUGAGCAUGAGGUUCUCCAAUCAGGGUCCACUGGAAAAUGAUUUGGUCAUUCAUGUAGCACUUGUAGCAGAAAGCCAACGCCUUCAGGUUUUUCUCAACACAUAUGGUAUUCAAACUCAAACUCCUCAACAGGUAGAGCCCAUUCAGAUAUGGCCUCAGCAGGAGCUUGUAAAAGCUUAUUUCCACCUGGGCAUCAAUGAAAAGUUAGGACUCUCCGGAAGGCCAGAUAGGCCCAUUGGCUGCCUCGGUACAUCAAAGAUUUAUCGCAUUCUAGGAAAGACUGUGGUUUGUUACCCUAUCAUUUUCGACUUAAGUGAUUUCUACAUGUCUCAAGAUGUUUUACUGCUGAUAGAUGACAUAAAGAAUGCUCUACAGUUCAUUAAGCAAUAUUGGAAAAUGCAUGGACGUCCACUUUUUCUUGUUCUUAUCCGGGAAGACAAUAUAAGAGGUAGCCGGUUCAACCCCAUAUUAGAUAUGCUGGCAGCCUUUAAAAAAGGAAUAAUUGGAGGAGUCAAAGUUCAUGUUGAUCGUCUACAGACACUGAUAUCAGGAGCUGUGGUAGAACAGCUUGACUUCCUACGAAUCAGUGGUACAGAAGAGCUUCCAGAAUUUAAGAGUUUUGAGGAACUAGAAUUUCCAAAACAUUCAAAAGUUAAACGACAAAGAAGCACCCUCGAUGCUCCUGAACGGAAUGAACAACCAGAUAUCACCAUUGCUGAGUGGAAAAACAAAUCCACCCACGAAAUUCUUCAGAAACUGAAUGACUGCAGUUGUCUGGCUGGCCAAGCUGUCCUGCUGGGUAUACUGCUCAAAAGAGAAGGCCCCAACUUCAUCACAAUGGAAGGUACCGUUUCUGAUCACAUUGAGAGAGUCUAUAGAAGAGCUGGCAGCAAAAAGCUUUGGUCGGUUGUACGCCAUGCAGCAAGUCUUUUAAGUAAAGUAGUGGACAGCCUGGCCCCAUCCAUUACUAAUGUUUUAGUGCAGGGCAAACAGGUAACUCUGGGUGCCUUUGGGCAUGAAGAAGAAGUUAUCUCUAAUCCUUUGUCUCCAAGAGUGAUUAAGAACAUCAUCUAUUAUAAGUGUAAUACCCAUGAUGAGAGGGAAGCAGUUAUUCAACAAGAACUGGUUAUACAUAUUGGCUGGAUCAUCUCCAAUAACCCUGAGUUAUUCAGUGGCAUGCUGAAAAUACGAAUUGGGUGGAUCAUCCAUGCUAUGGAAUAUGAACUACAGAUUCGUGGCAGAGACAAACUAGCCAUAGACUUAUAUCAGCUCUCGCCUAGUGAAGUUAAACAACUUCUGUUGGAUAUUUUGCAGCCUCAACAGAGUAGAAGAUGCUGGCUGGAUAGGCGUCAGAUCGAUGGUUCUUUGAAUAGAACUCCCCCUGGAUUCUAUGACCGAGUAUGGCAGAUCCUGGAGCGUACACCCAAUGGCAUCAUUGUAGCUGGCAAACAUUUGCCACAGCAACCAACCCUGUCAGAUAUGACCAUGUAUGAGAUGAAUUUUUCUCUCCUUGUUGAAGACAUGUUGGGAAACAUUGACCAGCCAAAGUACAGACAGAUAAUUGUGGAGUUACUAAUGGUUGUAUCCAUUGUACUGGAAAGAAACCCUGAGUUAGAAUUUCAAGACAAAGUAGAUCUAGACAAACUGGUGAAAGAAGCAUUUCAUGAAUUUCAAAAAGAUGAGGGUCAACUAAAAGAAACUGAAAAACAAGAUGACAUGACUUCCUUUUACAACACUCCACCCCUGGGAAAAAGAGGAACAUGCAGCUAUUUGACAAAGGUUGUGAUGAAUUUGCUGCUGGAAGGAGAAGUCAAGCCAAGCAACGAGGACUCGUGUCUGGUUAGCUAGUGAGGAAGGUGGAGGAGGCCCCGCUCAGACUGAUUUACUAGCAGUGUGUGAAGUUUUGUGUUGAAGCUUCAUCGAGGCGGCCAUUUAUGCAUGAAUUAGCCUGGAUGUGAGGUGACUGCCACACCCCUAGGAAAGUGAUGUACCUUUUGCAUGCCAUUGCCAGUCUAAUGGUGAGAAAUGUUUUAACCAAGUGAAAAAGUCUUCAUGAUUACAUCAUGUGCAAUAACUCUCACUGGACAAUAGAAAUAGCUUAUGAAUUCAAUAUUCACUGCUGCAUGUGGUGAUCAAAUAGUUCCUCAGAGCCGGACAUGGUGACACACGCCUGUAAUCUCAGCACUUGGGAGGCUAAGGCCGGAAGAUCAUAGUUCAAGAGCAGCUUGGACUACAUAGCAAGACCCUGUCAAAAGAAAGAGAAAGGGAGAGAAGGAAGGAAGAAGGGGAGGGCGGGAAUAAGGAAGAGAAGGAGGGAAAAACGCAAAAAGAAAGUUAGUUGCAUCAAAAUGAACCUUUGCUCUUUAGAUUGAAUUCGCACCUUUCUGCCAUUAAAAUGAACUUGCCAACUAGUGAUGCUUACUCUGAAUCAAAAGGUAUUGGAAGAAUGCUGAGCAUUUUUAAGUGGCAUUGUCAUGUUAGAAGAUGAUUGUAGUAUACAUCAUAAAAGCCAAGAUAGUCAACUGAUACUUGUUUUUUCAGGAACUGCAGUAUUAAUAUUUUAGUACACAAAGCUGUUGUACAAUUUUUACCUUGAGAACAUGACUGUGGUUUUGUAUUUGUGUGAAGUAUAAGAGUUUCAUAUAUAGUAAUAAAUUUAUACCUUAUCAGACAUUUUGAGCUCUCACUAGAUAUAGAACAUGUAAGGAUGCUUUAGAAUUAUGUUAAACUUUGCACUGUUAACCUUGUAAAAGCAAAAUUAAAGUCAUUAAAUUUUAUUUCUGAAUUAUUAUAUCUGGAUACAUUCUAUAUACUCCUGAAUAUUCCCAUUUAAUGGCUUUGGACAUGUAGUGGAAGAGAAUCUAUGUCACCUACCAUUAUACAUUUUGCUACCAAAUUUACUUAAGCAAACAUUAAUAAAAAUUGAAAUAGUAGACAUUUAAAUUUUAUGAAUAUGUCUUCUACAUGUUACAGUGCAACACAUUAGCUUGAGCCCUGGUCCCGAAGAGAGUUGUUUUUCUGAACAGUCUUAAGAUGUCUUGCCUGAGAAUCAUAUUUGCCACAUAAACUAUGUAGUCCAUUUGUAGAGUUUUAAAAGGAUUAAGAAAGAACAAGUGGUUCCCCUAACAAUUGAUAGCAAAGAAAUGGAUGUGUGAACAUAGAGAAAAACUAAUCCAUUUCUCCUUUGGGGUACAGUUUCUAGGUCUUCCAUAAGAAACUAUGUAUAUUAGGUGAUGAUAUUGGAAAGAAAAAUAUAAAAUUUGUCUUUACUGACUGCCCGAAGAGAAAUGACAAAGAGGAUUAAAUCACUUCAAACUAGAAUAUUGAGAGUUUGUGAAAAGAUGGCCCUGAAUGAUGAACCUAGUUUAUAAAACUUAGACAUGAGAAAGCGAGCAUGGUGUCUCAUGCCUGUAAUUCCAGCACUCGGGAGGCCGAGGCAGGAGGAUCACUGU